AUGCCUUUGACUACCCGCCGCGCACAUGCUACUCGUAGCACUACUGUUGCUAGAAAGCCAUCUUUAAUAGCGACCCGCAGAAGAACCAAGGCUACUGGUCCAGCCCCAGUAUCGACCCACCGUCGUGCUCGCACGAAGCCUACCUUUGGUGCUAGGAUUCAUGGUAUGGCAAAGAAAGUUGCCGGAACUCUUACAGGGUCCAGGACCAAGAAAGCUCAGGGAAACGCAAUGGCGAACGGUAGAACUCCCGGAUCUCGCCGCAGGAGACAUUUGUAG